AUGGAUAAAAAGUGUGAAGUGUCUGGAGGCAUAUACAGCCCCUCCCUCCUAAACCCCGUCACUAAUGCAAAAAGUUGUCCCCAGAGCUUCAUUCCAGUAAAGUUUCUCUCAGAUGGCCAAGUGAUCUGUGUGAGCAACGACUAUGAAAUUGGCAGCAGAUACUCAGUGCCAUUCGGAGGCCUCUUCAGUUGUCAGUCAAACAACCCACUGGCAGUAAAUCAGCAUCGCUGCCCUCCUAAGUUCAGUCAGCACCUCACCACAGUGAGCGACGGCUGUGAAAUUCUUUACUGUGUCCAGUCAGGGCUGUUCACAGGUGGGCAGCUGCUUCCGGUCCAUCUGCCACCUUUCACUAAACCUCCACUUGUCAGCAUGCAUGCCACAAAUACAGUUAUGGUCAUGACUGAGGGAGAUAUGAGCUGGAUCAGAGUGGGGCAGACCAAGGCGUGGAAAGUGGCCAAACCAGAGGAAAUCAAGGAAAUGGUUCGGAAGCUUAACCCGGAAAUGAAUCAGAUGUCUAGUGGUGAAAAGGCAGGGGUAGCCUUUGGGGUGAUCGGUAUGAUGGCGCUGGUGGUCAUAGCGGCAGUAGUCCUGGUGAAGAGAAGGAGGAGGCUGUCUGGGUUGAGGCCAGCUAGCGGCUAUGAGGAAAUACGUGGUGAGGUUGAACGUGAUGAAGGAGAGAGACAACAAGAUGAGGCUUGAGAAAAAACACAGAUAAGAAACACUUUUGAGAACGGCUGCUUGUGCCGCUCAGUUGGGUUGUAACCAGUGGCGGCUGGUGGAAAAUGUUCUAGGUAGGGCCAUCCUAUCAAUUUCAGCAAACAU